AACUGGACUCUAUCGCCACGUAAUAAAAUACAUUAUCGUUUGUCGCACAUUUACACGUCUGUACAGGUUGUGUUUUAAGUUCUAAUGUGUGGAUAUUAAGGUUGGUUUUUGUUUGCAGAUGGUGGAGCUUGAGAGUGAGAUUAUGCGACGGCACGCGAACUAGAGAUGGCGCUGCUGUUUGGAGCCCUGGUGCUGGCUCUAGUGGGGUGUACAGGAUGUACGGACAAUAUAAACGGCGUGAACACGGACGGCGUGCAAGAGCUGGACUACACUGACGUGGAUCUGGGUCUGGCACAACGAGGGCCACACUUUGAUGUGGCGUACUCUAAGAACGUCACGGCGUUGGUUGGGAAGACUGCGCAGCUUAACUGCAGAGUGCACGAUCUUGGCAACAGAACGGUCUCAUGGAUCCGACACCGCGACAUCCACCUCCUGACCUCCGGUCGGAUGACGUACACCUCGGACCAGAGGUUCAUCAGCGUCCACAAUCCUCACACAGAAGACUGGAUAUUGAAAAUAAGGUUUCCACAACGGCGGGAUUCGGGAAUCUACGAGUGCCAAGUCGGCACCACCCCGCCCAUUGGUCACCGGAUGUAUCUAUCCGUCGUUGAACCGCUGACGACGAUCCUGGGAGGUCCAGACCUGUUCAUCAAUAUGGGAAGCACCAUCAACCUGACGUGUGUAGUGCAGCACUCCCCUGAGCCGCCUCCGGCUAUUAGAUGGACACACAAUGAGGAGGAAAUCAACUACGACUCACCCCGCGGCGGGGUGUCCGUCAUCACCGAAAAGGGGGAGACGACCACAUCUCACCUUUUAGUGCAGAGGGCAAGAGUGCCCGACACUGGGCGUUACACGUGCGCGCCGGCCAACGCCAAUCCGAAAUCCGUGCAAGUGCACGUUCUUAGUGGAGAACACCCAGCAGCAAUGCAACACGGCGGCCAGCUACGCCUGCAGUACCCGCUGUCGGCUGCGCUUCUCAGCCUCAUCGUCACCCUUAUGGGCUGCUAGCUGGACGUAUAAUGGCCUGAAUGCUUUUACUGAUAUUUGACUUGUUUAAACCACCUAUAUACAAACGCCAACACCCCUAACGUACAUUGGUGGAACUUAUUACGAAAGGCACAAGGUCCACCGAUGUAGAGUUAACAGUGUAGGGGAUGGUAGUCCAAACGUAUGCAGUUCGGUUUCAAUUUAAGCUCACUACACUAUUACACCACGUUUUGUAACAAUUGUAACUCAACGGAAAAAAAUGUUCGGAAUUGGUGCUCCGUAUUUACGAGUAUUUCGCCCAGAAAAAAAUGAGUAUUUUAAAACAGCCAAUAAGUACAUUCCAAUAGGGUAAUUCGCCAGUAACUGGCCACUGUUAGUAAUUGGCCACCCUAAAUUAAAUGAAUUAUAUUUACCUACACUGAGAGAAAAGUACAACAAAAAUACACUUAGAAUUACAAAAAUAAACUUAAUCCGGGGACAAGGAGAGUUAACUAAUAGGAACAAAUUGACUUUUGCAAUUUCUAUUAUCUGUUUGUUGAAAUUAUAUUUGGGAUUUCUGAGCUGUUUGUAGAAAUAAAUAAACUUUACAGAAAUAGUGAAACGUCUAUAAUUAUUACUAAAACUUCAUUUUUUCCCCCAGUACAGGACUGUUUCUUAAUUCCUGGUGAUGAUUUUUCUCUCAGUGUAUAAACAGUAUUCAUUUUAGUAUAAGGUUUCAAUAACUGGCCAGCCUUCAAUGACUAGCCGCCUUUACUAAAAUGAAUUCUGUUUAUAGGUGAAUAGAAUCCAUUUUUAGUUUAGGGUGGCCAAUUACUAACAUUACAGUGGCCAGUUACUGGCGAAUUACUAAAGUAAAACAAGCGACAGCAAAUUGAAAAUCGGCUCUAAUUGAAAAAUAAAUAAAACAAAACUACCAACACUUUUCUGAACACCGGUCGCUUGAAGCUUAAGCUUCUGUGCCAUCAUAUUAUGACAGUUAUAAUAUUCAACUCUAUUUACAGAUAUUAAAGUUCAAAUUGAAACAAAUAUUUUUUGGUACAUGAAUUUCGCAAUUUUUGCGACCACAGCGGUGUUCCGAGAAUUUUAUUUGUGUUUGAAUUUCGAUUGAGGCGGUGACAUUAACAGGAUUUCUGUGUAACGAAAACUGUGUAUUUUCAUUAAAAGGUUUAAAUUUUUAC